AUGCGCAAGCAGAUGAGCAUGAGCACAGCGAAGGCGACAAUGACGGCCUCCGUCGCGGUCUUCCUGUGCCUGCUCUCCGCGGCAGCCGCGGCGGCCAUGGACCCGGCGGAGAGGGAGACGCUGUUCCUCGUCAUGGACGCCGUCUCCUCCGACCGCGACUGGCGCUCCGAGACCCCCGACCCCUGCGGCGCGCCGUGGCCGGGGCUCGAGUGCAAGCCGGCGCCGGCCGGCAGCAACAGCACCACCAACGCUGCUGCCGCAGCGCCGCUCCACGUCACGCGGCUGGACUUCGGCGUGGACCCCAACCCGUCGUGCAAGGACGCGGCCACCUUCCCGCCCGAGGCGUUCGCGCUGCCGCACCUCCAGUCCCUCUUCUUCGUCGGCUGCUUCAAGAACCCGGCCGCCCCCACCGCGCUCCUCCUCCCGCCGCCCGCCAACCUCUCCUCCUCCGGCCUGCAGCAGCUCAGCAUCCGCGCCAACCCGUCCCUCUCCGGCGUCAUGCCGCCGCAGCUCGCCAGCCUCAGGUCCCUCCAGGUGCUCACCGUCUCCCAGAACGGCCUCAUCCGCGGCGAGAUCCCGCGGGGCAUCGGGGAACUCAGGUCGCUGGUCCACCUCGACCUCAGCUACAACUCGCUCUCCGGGCCCGUGCCGGCACAGAUCAGCGACCUCACGGGCCUGGUCGGGCUGGACCUCAGCUACAACUCCCUCUCCGGCCCCAUCCCAACCCGGAUCGGCCAGCUGCGGCAGCUCCAGAAGCUGGACCUCAGCUCCAACAACCUCACCGGCGCCGUUCCCGCCACCGUCGCCAACCUCACUUCCCUCACCUUCCUCGCGCUGAGCAGCAACCGCCUGACCGGCCGCUUCCCGCCCGGCAUCUCCGGCCUCAAAAACCUGCAGUACCUGAUCAUGGACAACAACCCGAUGGACGUCCCGCUGCCGCCCGAGCUCGGCGGCCUCGCCCGUCUCCAGGAGCUCCGGCUGGCCGGUUCCGGCUACUCGGGGCCCAUACCGGCGGCGUUCGGCCAGCUGGCGAGCCUCACCACGCUCUCGCUCGAGAACAACAACCUGACGGGCGCGAUCCCGGCGGGGCUCAGCAGGCUGCGCAGGAUGUACCACCUCAACCUCAGCAACAACGGCCUCGGCGGGGCCGUGCCGUUCGACGGCGCCUUCCUGCGCCGGCUCGGCCGCAACCUCGACCUGAGCGGCAACCCAGGGCUGUGCCUGGACGGCCGGGACGUCGUGCGGGACGUCGGCAUCGGUGUUGGUGCCUGCCGGGGCGGCGGCGGCGGUGAUGGUUUGGCGCGUGACUCCGUCAGCAGUGCCACCGGAGGAGUGGUGACGGGGUACACGGUCAGCUUCGGCCGGUCUCGGCUGCUCGGGCCUGCGUGCGUUCUGUUCAUAUCCUGCAUGCUUUUUUUCCUUUGA